UUUACUUUCCAUCAAGCACACUGCAGUCUUCAUUGUGUCUACAACCAGCAACGUGGACUAUAGCAUCAUUUGUGUAUCUGAGUACAGAUUGUGUCUCGGUAGGGAGAAGAUUGUUUGCCUUCAUCAUAAAAAUGAUAAUAAUAAUAUUCGAAGACAAUAAUUUAAUUUAAAUCGAAGUGAAUUGAAAAAAUAAGGCCUCAAUUAUUAUAACAGACCAGAAAAUUUCAUCAUUGCUGCAUUGGAAUAUCGGUGACUGCAUCGAGUGUUGGGUCGCAUGGAAAAUACAACUGAACAAAUUCAUAACUUAAGAGGAAAUCAAUUGAAUAAAAUGAGAAUAGCAGUGAUAGGUGCUGGAGCGGCGGGCCUUGCUGCCCUGAGACACUGUACAAGCCAAAGUAACAAGAAAAGCAUUGAAGUAAUUUGUUAUGAACAAACUGGGGACAUCGGUGGUACAUGGGUCUACACACCAGAAGUUGGAAGAGAUGCUUAUGGGCUAUCGAUACACUCCAGCAUGUACAAAAACUUGAGGACAAAUCUUCCCAAAGAAGUGAUGGGGUUCCCAGAUUUUCCAAUUCCGGAUAAUGAUAAGAGUUAUUUAACACGCACAGAACUAUUGGAGUUUAUAAAUUCAUAUUGCGAUCAUUUUGAACUGAGGAAAUAUAUUCAGUUUCAUCAUCAUGUGGUACUGAUCAAACCGUUGCGUGAUGAUAAAAUGGGCAAGUGGUCAGUGGAAGUUGAAGAUCUUGAAAAGAAAAAAGUGUUAGUUGAGGUAUUUGACGCUAUCAUGAUUUGUAAUGGUCAUUAUUUUCAACCAAAUAUACCUGAACUUAAGGGUCACAGUUCAUUCAAAGGAAGUACAUUGCAUAGCCACGAUUACAGAGUACCGGAAAUCUUUGCUGGUAAAAAAGUUGUGGUUCUUGGCGCUGGACCAUCAGGAAUGGACUUGGCUUUGGAAAUAUCAAAGCACGCACAUCAGGUGAUACUAAGUCACCAUCUUAAGGUUCCAAUACUCACCAAGUUUCCCAGCAACGUCAUACAAAAACCGGACGUUAUAGAGCUCAGAGAAAACCAAGCGGUGUUCAAAGAUGGUUCAGAGGAAAAUGUAGACACCAUUUUCUACUGUACUGGCUACAAGUACAGCUUUCCAUUUCUGGACAAAAGAUGCGGCGUCGAAGUUGAUCAUAAUAUGGUGACACCUCUGUGGAAACAUUUGAUUGCCAUUGAAAGCCCGAGUCUUGCCUUUGUCGGAUUACCAUACUAUGUCUGUGCUUUCAGCAUGUUUGAUCUACAGGUUCGAUUUGUUCUACGCUUUUGGCAAGGUGUCAAGAAGUUUCCGCCUAAGGAACAUAUGCUCGCUGAAGAGAGUAUGGAAUUAAAAAAAAAGCUAAGCGAAGGUUUGCAUUUACAACAAUUCCACAUGAUGGGACCAAAACAAGACAUGUACUACGAAGACCUUGCAAAAACCGCUGAUCUAGUUCCACUUCCUCCAGUUCUGACUAGUUUGCAUAACGAAAGUAGUCAAAAGUUCAUAGAUGAUCUUUUGAAUUAUCGAGAGGAUCGUUACAAGAUUAUAGACGAUCAUACGUAUGUACAGCUUUAGGUGAGCAGUAAUAUUUGCUUCCAUUAUUGGGUUUUUAUUGCUGCAUUUACGUGGAAUUUCAUAUAGCAUCAAUAGUGAAAGUAGAAAAUAUAAGUAGCUCAAUUUUUUUAUCGCGAUUGUUAUUACAUUAUUGACAUUUUCCAUCGGAAAAUCAGUUAAAAAUUACGAAAUAUCGAGAUUCCUUUACGAGAGAACAAUCAAAUAUCCUGGCCACCUACAAUAUAGAAUAAUUGAAUUCGUAGGUGUUUGUAAGAUUUGUAACAAUUUAUUAUAUCAAUUAUAUUUUAGAAAAAUUGUAAAGUAUUAUAAAUAAAAUGUAAAAAAAUUGCAAAGUUAAAAAAAAAUUAGUAUAAAAAUCCGUGUAA